AGCACAGUGUCCGCCGUUUCCUGGUUGCGGGUCAGCGCCGAGGUCCUGGGCUGGCAGCCGGGAUGUUGCCCUACACAGUGAACUUCAAGGUGUCGGCGCGCACCCUCACGGGGGCCCUCAACGCCCACAACAAGGCGGCGGUGGACUGGGGCUGGCAAGGUUUAAUUGCUUAUGGAUGUCAUUCACUUGUGGUAGUGAUUGAUUCCAUUACUGCCCAAACUCUUCAAGUUUUAGAAAAGCAUAAAGCUGAUGUUGUCAAGGUUAAAUGGGCCAGGGAAAACUAUCACCAUAACAUUGGCUCACCAUAUUGCUUGCGCUUAGCUUCUGCUGAUGUCAAUGGGAAGAUCAUCGUCUGGGAUGUAGCAGCAGGAGUAGCUCAGUGUGAGAUCCAAGAGCAUGCCAAGCCCAUCCAGGAUGUUCAGUGGUUGUGGAAUCAAGAUGCUUCCCGUGAUUUACUGCUUGCUAUCCACCCACCAAAUUACAUUGUGCUCUGGAAUGCAGACACUGGCACCAAACUAUGGAAGAAGAGCUACGCAGAUAACAUUCUUUCUUUUUCUUUUGACCCUUUUGAUCCCUCACAUUUAACUUUGCUCACCAGCGAGGGCAUUGUUUUCAUCUCAGACUUCUCCCCAUCCAAGCCUCCCUCAGGCCCUGGGAAAAAAGUUUACAUAUCCAGCCCACACUCUAGCCCAGCUCACAACAAGCUGGCCACAGCCACAGGUGCCAAGAAAGCUCUAAAUAAAGUAAAAAUUUUAAUCACUCAAGAGAAACCUAGUGCUGAAUUCAUAACUCUCAAUGAUUGCCUUCAGUUGGCAUACCUGCCUUCAAAAAGGAAUCACAUGUUGUUGCUCUAUCCUCGAGAGAUUUUAAUCCUUGACCUUGAGGUGAAUCAGACAGUGGGUGUGAUUGCAAUAGAACGCACAGGAGUUCCGUUUUUACAGGUGAUACCCUGCUUUCAACGUGAUGGUUUAUUUUGUCUACAUGAAAAUGGUUGUAUAACUUUACGUGUUCGAAGAUCUUAUAAUAACAUUUUCACCACUUCAAAUGAGGAACCAGAUCCAGAUCCAGUUCAGGAGCUUACCUAUGAUUUACGAAGCCAGUGUGAUGCAAUCAGGGUGACAAAAACCGUCCGUCCCUUCAGUAUGGUAUGCUGUCCUGUCAAUGAGAAUGCAGCCGCCCUCAUAGUGAGUGAUGGCAGGGUCAUGAUAUGGGAACUCAAGUCUGCAGUUUGUAAUCGAAAUAUGCGGAACAGUAGUUCUGGUGUGUCACCUUUAUAUUCACCAGUGUCUUUCUGUGGAAUUCCUGUAGGAGUGCUACAGAACAAACUCCCAGACCUUUCCUUAGAUAACAUGAUUGGGCAAAGUGCAAUUGCUGGGGAAGAACAUCCCAGAGGUUCAAUUCUGCGGGAAGUGCACCUCAAGUUCUUGCUGACGGGACUGCUCUCAGGACUGCCUGCACCACAGUUUGCUAUCCGUAUGUGUCCACCGUUGACCACAAAAAACAUCAAGAUGUAUCAGCCACUGCUGGCUGUUGGUACAAGUAACGGUUCUGUCCUGGUGUACCAUCUCACCAGUGGUCUGCUACACAAGGAGUUAAGCAUCCACUCAUGUGAAGUCAAGGGUAUUGAAUGGACAAGUUUGACUAGUUUUCUUUCUUUUGCUACCUCAACACCAAACAAUAUGGGAUUAGUGAGAAAUGAGCUUCAACUGGUUGAUCUUCCAACAGGUAGGAGCAUUGCUUUUCGCGGUGAAAGAGGCAAUGAUGAAUCUCCCAUCGAAAUGAUUAAAGUAUCUCAUUUGAAGCAGUAUUUGGCAGUUGUAUUCAAAGAUAAACCCCUGGAGCUAUGGGAUGUUAGGACUUGUACCCUUCUUAGAGAAAUGUCCAAAAACUUCCCUGCAAUAACUGCUUUGGAAUGGUCACCAUCUCACAACUUGAAGAGCCUGAGAAAGAAGCAACUUGCUACUCGAGAGGCCAUGGCCCGCCAGACUGUGGUCUCAGACACAGAGCUGAGUAUUGUUGAAUCAUCUGUGAUCAGCUUGCUGCAGGAGGCAGAAAGUAAAUCUGAACUUAGUCAGAACAUCUCUGCCUGGGAACAUUUUGUAUUUACGGAUAAUGAUGGCCAAGUUUAUCAUCUCACUGUUGAAGGAAACUCAGUAAAAGAUAGUGCUCGGAUUCCACCAGAUGGAAGUAUGGGUAGUAUUACCUGCAUCGCUUGGAAAGGUGAUACAUUAGUGCUUGGAGAUAUGGAUGGAAAUUUAAAUUUCUGGGACUUGAAAGGCAGAGUAUCCAGAGGAAUACCUACACACCGAAGUUGGGUGAGGAAGAUUCGUUUUGCUCCUGGUAAAGGAAAUCAAAAAUUAAUAGCAAUGUACAAUGAUGGAGCCGAAGUGUGGGAUACCAAAGAGGUUCAGAUGGUGAGCAGUUUAAGAAGUGGCAGAAAUGUGACCUUUCGUAUAUUGGAUGUGGACUGGUGUACGUCAGAUAAAGUGAUCUUGGCUUCAGAUGAUGGGUGCAUCAGAGUCCUAGAGAUGUCUAUGAAGUCUGCGUGCUUUAGAAUGGAUGAACAGGAGUUAACCGAGCCUGUGUGGUGCCCCUAUCUGCUUGUUCCAAGGGCCUCCCUUGCCUUGAAAGCCUUCUUAUUACACCAGCCUUGGAAUGGACAGUAUUCUUUGGACAUUUCUCAUGUUGACUAUCCAGAAAAUGAAGAAAUAAAGAAUCUCCUCCAAGAGCAGUUGAAUUCAUUGUCUAAUGAGAUAAAGAAACUGUUGCUUGAUCCAGAAUUCACUCUCUUGCAGAGGUGCCUGCUUGUUUCAAGGCUCUAUGGUGACGAAUCGGAGCUGCACUUCUGGACUGUCGCUGCCCACUAUCUGCACAGCUUAUCCCAGGAAAAGUCAGCCAGCACAACAGCUCCUAAAGAAGCUGCUCCUCGAGACAAACUAAGCAACCCACUGGAUAUAUGCUAUGAUGUGCUCUGCGAAAAUGCCUACUUUCAGAAAUUUCAGCUAGAAAGGGUUAAUCUACAGGAAGUGAAACGGUCAACUUACGAUCAUACAAGGAAAUGUACAGACCAGCUCCUACUCUUGGGUCAAACAGACAGAGCUGUGCAGUUGCUGUUGGAAACAAGUGCAGAUAACCAGCAUUAUUACUGUGAUUCACUGAAAGCCUGUUUAGUCACUACUGUCACCUCGUCAGGCCCCUCUCAGAGCACCAUUAAGUUGGUGGCGACGAAUAUGAUUGCCAAUGGCAAACUGGCAGAGGGCGUUCAGUUGCUCUGUCUGAUAGACAAGGCUGCAGAUGCCUGUCGCUACCUGCAGACAUACGGCGAGUGGAAUCGGGCUGCAUGGCUGGCGAAAGUCCGUUUGAAUCCUGAGGAGUGUGCCGACGUUUUAAAGCGGUGGGUUGACCACCUUUGUUCUCCACAAGUCAAUCAGAAAUCAAAGGCUCUCCUGGUCCUCCUCUCUCUGGGCUGCUUUUUCAGCGUGGCAGAGACGCUUCACAGCAUGCGAUACUUUGAUAGAGCGGCCUUAUUUGUGGAAGCUUGCCUCAAGUAUGGAGCAUUUGAAGUCACUGAGGACACAGAGAAACUUAUCACUGCUGUAUAUGCAGAUUAUGCCAGGAGUUUGAAGAACCUCGGUUUUAAGCAGGGAGCAGUUCUCUUUGCUUCAAAAGCUGGAGCAGCUGGCAAAGACUUACUAAAUGAGCUUGAGUCCUCCAAGGAAGAACGCAUCGAAGAGUGACAGCUUAAUAAAUUCCAGGGAAUCUGACCUGGAAGGCAGAUGGGAGGGGGCUGGUCUGACUGUGGUCACCGCCACAGUCCAGGAUGAAGAGGAGUACAGGGUCCUGUGAGCUGUUUGACCACUGUUCUAAGGCUAUGUGUGCCCAAAAGCACAUGAGCGUCUAUGUUGGGAGUAAGUUUGUAUCCUGUGUUGAUCUCAGAAAGAAUGUGAAUGCUUAAGAUUUUGAAAGUAUAUAAUAUUUUAUACUUUUGGAGAGAGCUUUAAGAGUCCCUGGAAAUACUUUUUAAUUUUUUUAACUUAAAAUUCAAG